AUGGCUUGGUGGAACAUGCUGGAUUCGUACGUGGCAAUAGCGGAAGUUAAAGCCAUGAGGCCCGUCAUGUGGAUCCUGCAGCUACUGUUCGCAGGCGUAUCCUGGCUACAUCUGAGAACCUACGUGCCUGUAGCUACCUAUACCUACCCGCGGCACGCAGAAGUUUUCAAUGGAGAAAUGUUCGACUUCAUCGUGGUGGGUGCGGGGUCGGCGGGGGCCGUGAUUGCUGCACGGCUAGCCCAGGUUGUCGAGUUUCGGGUGCUGCUAAUCGAGGCGGGGGGCGAUCCGCCUGUUAACACUGAGCUUCCCAGCCUCACUCCGUUCGUGGCUAACACAGAAUUUGACUGGAACUACUACACUGAAGACGACGGAUACUCCAGCCAGGCUCAUAGGACGAAAAACAUCCGCUUCACCCAAGGAAAAAUGCUCGGGGGUUCCAGUAGCGCUAACUACAUGUAUUACGUGCGAGGGAAUCCGCUGGAUUAUGAAUGGUGGAGUCAAUUGGGUGCUGAAGGGUGGGACUAUCGUAAUGUUACAGACUAUUUUAAAAAGAGCGAAGCAUUUAAAAAUCCAAAAAUCGCGGCCCCAAAGCUGCAUAACACAGAAGGCCCUAUGGGAGUCACAUGGAUUCCCUGGGACCAGUAUACUAAGAAAUUUCUCUCAGCAUUUAAGAGUUAUGACUUUCACCUUGAUACGAAUCAAGAAAAUCAGCUGGGGUAUUCUUUCCCUCAAUACACAAUGUGGGACAAAAUUCGACAAAGUACUGCUAACGUUUUUCUCCGACGUGCCAAACACUUGGAAAAUUUAUUCGUUCUCAAGAACUCCUUAUGCACUAAGGUACUUUUCAGUGAAAAUAAAACAGCAAGUGGUGUGGAGAUUAAAUUACCCAGUAAAGAAAUCAUCUACACCUAUGCUAGAAAGGAAAUCAUUUUAUCUGCCGGUGCUAUUAACACCCCCAAAUUGUUGAUGUUAUCAGGAAUUGGUCCCAGACAACAUUUGCGUGAAAAGGGUAUUCGCAUGUUGGUUGAUUUGCCAUUAGUAGGCAGGAACUUGCAAGACCAUGCUGCAACAAUAGUAAUACUGACAGGUGAAAAAGGCAUGGAAUCUGCAUAUCAUAACUUUAAACUGUUUGCGAAUCUACACCGAUUUCCUACUCCUACUAUAAUGGGCUUCGAAACGCUAUCCGAGAACACUAGUAUCCCGAGUAUCCCAGAUUAUCAAACGUUUGUAUUUCCACUCCCAGCUGCAACUUUAAUUUCGACUAUGAUUUGUUCCUACGUGAUAGACCUCGAUGACAGAAUUUGCACAGCUGUGGCAGAGAUUGGUCAAAAACAAGAAACUCUUUUUACGUUGAUAACAUUGCUGCAUCCACAAUCCAGGGGACGCGUAGAGUUAAGGAGCAACAAUCCUGAAGCGGCUCCAAAAAUAUUUACAGGCUACUAUUCCAACGACAUAGAUCUAGAAAAACAUGCAAAAAGUGUAAUGGAUUAUAUCAAAAUCACUGAAAGCCAUUAUUUAAAGAGUCUCAAUUCUACGGUUGUUAACCUGAGAGUUCCUCAAUGUCAGAAUAUAAAAUUCAACACUUUAGAGUACUGGAAAUGUCACAUUCUGAACACAGCUACAACCGUAUGGCAUCCAGUCGGAACUUGUGCGAUGGGUAUUGAGGGCCAUAGCGUAGUAGAUGCUGAGUUGAGGGUGCGAGGUGUUCAUAGGCUAAGAAUAGGUGACGCUAGUGUUAUGCCGGCCAUCACUAGUGGUAACACUAAUGCGCCUUGUAUUAUGAUUGGAGAGAAAUUGGCAGAUAUGAUCAAAAUGACCCACACACCAGAUUUAUUAUAG